GUUGAUAUUGUGAUGUUUUGUUGAGAGAUGUUGGUCUAAUAGUGGUGGCUCAACAAUUUAAAAAGGGAUUUUGAAAAUAUCAACACGACCGAUCACAUUUUAAAACAAUGUCAAAAGGCUUCAGAUUUUGUAUCAUACUCCUUAUAUCGAUGGCCUGUGGAUUCUUCUAUAGAAAGUCCGGCAUACAACCCUCUACUCCGGCAUACAACCCUCUACCAGGAAGCAAAAACUCCAGUUCCAGCAGUACUUACCUGGCUACAAAUGUCAGUUUCUCUCCCAUCAGCUCAAUGGAUGUUCUAAAAAAGGGAAAUGGUAUUAUAUUUAUUGAGACAACUGACAGAAUGAAGCCACCAUCUUUGGUAUUAUGUGCUAUUGAAUCUGCAGCCCGUGUGUACAAGGAUAGGUCUGUUGUGUUCUUUAUGAAGGGUUUACCAGACAUAAACACAAUGGAGGAUGAACUUAAAGCACGCAAUCAUUUCCCUACCCUUUCAUCUUUUGAUAAUGUCUACUUUUUUCCUUUGCAAAUGGAAAAAGUAUUCAGUGACACACCACUCAUGCCAUGGUAUAAAAAGGUAAAUCCUAAAUUCGAAAGAUAUUGGACUCAUGUAAGUUCAGAUGGAUGCAGGUUAGCCCUCAUUUGGAAACAUGGUGGCAUUUAUAUGGAUUCUGACAUUAUAUCAAUGCGGCCCAUCCCAGAUGUGAACUUUCUUGCAGCUGAAUCCCCUCAGUAUUCAAGUAAUGGUGUUUUUGGAUUAAUGACUCACCACAUUUUUUCCUGGAAAAGCAUGGAAAACUUUGUGCAGAAUUAUAAUGGAGCAAUCUGGGGGCAUCAGGGUCCACAACUUUUUACCCGCAUUCUAAAUCAGUUUUGUGUCAUUCCUCAAUUUAAAUCUACAGAGGAUGUUAAAUGUGGAAACAUUUCUUUUUUACAUCCUCAGAGGUUCUAUCCUAUUCCAUAUCCAGCCUGGAGAAGAUAUUAUGAAGUCUGGCAAAAUGUGCAAACUUUCAAUGAUUCUUAUGCCUUGCAUCUGUGGAAUUUUUUAAAUCAAAAAAAGAAAAGUAUGGUUCCUGGAAGUAACACACUGAUAGAACAUCUAUACAAACAGUAUUGUCCCACAACCUAUGGUGCUCUUGAAAGGAAUCAGUCAAUUUAUGGUUAGUUAUUUAUUAAAACAUAUUUACUAUAUACAGUAAGUAAAGAUGGAAACCUGUGACCUGUUGAACUUGCCCUGUUCUGUGACGACAACCAUUUGAUGAAAAUGUUCAUGCCUGCAUGAAGGAAUUCCAAGACUACCAUCUAGCAUUGUGUCUGACUCCCAGAAAGCUUCUAAAGUUUACUGCCCAACAAUGGGACUCACAGCUCUGCCUUAUGUGACAGUUGAAAUCUCAUUUUGUUCUAUGAAGGCAGUGUUAUGUGUGUAGCAUGAGGCAUGUGAAUGCCUUCUGUUUUCAGAGGGAUUUACACUGCAUGUCUUACAUUGUGAAUAGUGAUGGGCGAAUUUGUGCUGUUUCGCUUCGCUGAAAAGUUCGAGAAUUUCUAGCAAAAUUCGCGAUACUUCGAAAAAUUCAAGAAAUUCGGGAAACAGCAAAAAAAUCAUGAAAAAAUCAUGAAACUCAAAAAUUGACGCCAGAGUAAAUUUUGCCGCUCGCGUAAAUUUUGGCGCUAGCUUUAAACGCAAUGGGCGUCUGAAUAUUGUUGGCGCGCGGCGAUUUUGAUACAAGCAACUUUUCAGAUGUGCAUCCAAAAUAUUUUGACGCUGGCAAAUUUUCACAGGAGAUUCGCAACUUUAUU